AUGGCGUGCGGCGCGCCGGCCGCCGUCGAGCUGUUGUACGGCCCUGGCGAGGCAGGCAGCAGUGAGCGCCUGCAGCUGGGAUCCGCGGUCAACGUGGCCGGACGAGCACUGCUCUGCAGCGUGGAAAGCGCCGAGCAGCUGCGGAAGCGCUUGGAGGACCAGCGCGAGGCGCUGGCGAAGAGGUCUCGCCCGGGCAGCUCGCCGGAGCCGCGCACACAUAAUGUUUCAACCCAGGACGAGGGGGCUCAGCGCAACGGUCCCUCCGCCGAAACCGUCGAGGGAGAGGACCCGUUGGUGCAGCGCGUGGUCGGGCAGGUCGAGUGCAACGCGACGCAGGAGCACCGCCCGCACGGGCAGCAACUCGACGAGAACCACAGUGCACCGCGUGAAGCCACACCGUCGGAGGACGGCGCGGCGUCCGAGGCGUCUGGCGAGGGCAACAUCGUGGGUCUCUUCAUACCGCAGCUGCAGGCCACGCUUGCGAAGCACGACCCUGCGCAGGCCACGCCCGCGCGGGCCGCGAAACGGAAGCACUCUGCGAGCCCUGCUCCGUUGCCGUGGAGGGCGCCCUCCCGCCAGUGCGUGGCGCCGUCGCUGGCCGAACGGCUUCAGGAGAUUGCGGGCGAACUGCACGAGGUGAAGGAGGGCCGGCGCACGAGUGAGGCGAACUUCAUCGUCAAAAAGGCCCUGCGCGCCGUGCUUGAUGUGCUGCCCGGCGAAGCCUGGGCGAUGCCGCUGGUCGAUCUGCGCACAUUUCGCGCGCAAAGGGUCGUGAACCCGGGCGGCGCGGUCGAGCAGGUGAAGCAGACGGGCGACUUGGAGAAUUCAGAACUGCGGGAUCUACAAGAGCUCCUGGCGGGGCACGGGUUCAACGAGCCACGCGACGCCGCGCCGUUCCUGGAGUCGAUCGAGUCGAAGUUGCGGGCGGAUGCGUUCAAGCGGGGGUGGCUCACGCGCGAGCCGGACUACGUCCACACGAAGCGCUUCAUUUGGCGGGAACAACUCAUUGCCGGGUUCCCGGACUGGGCGGGCGCCGCGGAGUCCGCGCUGGCUGUCGUGGAGGCGCUGGACGCGGACGGGUCUUUGUCGGCGAUCGGCAAGCUCGGGUUCUCGCUCGCCGGGACGCACUGUCGCCUGGGGCGCAAGAGCUGGGCGGAGCGCUUCGCACGCGUCUGGCGGCGCAUUCGCUGGAUUUGGUGCCAAAUACCGUGCUCGGCAUGCCGUCCCGGCAUCGGGCCGCGCUCGAGGGAGUGGGCGGCGCGCAUCGAGAGGGCGAGAGACGAGUGCGACAUUGAGGCGCUGAAGAGGGGCAUCCUCUGGGUCCUGGACGAGGCGCUGCGGCCGGGCGCGCGGGUGCGGAAGCGGAUCCCGUCCGAGAUGGAGGGGCGCAAGCCGAAGGUGCCGCCGAGCGAGCUCAAGCCCCUGCAGAAGUGGACCCAGGCAGAGGAGCAAGAGUGGCGGAGGAACCUCCGCGAGUGCCGCGGUCCGAUUCGUCUCGGGAACCUCGUGUGGCAGCUUUACACUCAGCACAUGGACUAUCAAGACCUUGAGCCCUUCGAUGACUCCGACGACGACAUCAACGACGACGCAGCCCGCCGCGCGAGCUGCGGGCAGGUGCCCGCGAGGCCGGGGUCGGGAGCGCCCGCCAGGCGGACUGCGGACCGCAGCGGCCCCGGGGGACCGUCGAGCGGCGCGGCAGCACGGAUGGGGAGCGAGGACGUGGUGGACGACCGGUCUGCGAGGGCAGAGGGCGGCGGUACCGGGGUGGACGUUCCGCGCGUGAAGACGGAGCCGGAGGCGACUCAUGACGUCAGAGGUUCGCCCGCAGAGCAAGGUCUGCGCUGGUCUGAGCAUGUGGGCGCUCUGAACGGCCGGUGCGGUGUCGCCAGCGCGGCUGCGUCCCCCCGCGGAGCCGUGGCCGGGCUGCUGGCGGCGAGAGGGCUGCUGAAAAGGGGCUCGGUUUCGCCGGCGGGCCAGGAGGCUUCGGGGCGCAAGAACGAAGGUCCGUCUGAGGUGGAGCAGUCGGGCAGGGCGGACGCCGCGGCGCUAGGGGCACCGAAGAUGCGGGCGCGCAAGUUGAAUCUGGGGCCGUGGGACGAGCAGCCGAAGGUGGCGACGGCACGCAAGUCAGCGGCGGCGCCAAUCGACGCGGUGAUGCAGGAGGAUAUCGCGCCGGAAACGCGCGCGCCUCACGCCGGGCAGAAAGCACUGAAUCAGAAGGAGAAGCCACGAAAACAGUCGUGCGUGGUAGAGCUGUGGCCGCCGGGGCACGCGUCGGACGGCGAGCCGUGCAUGUCGCCACAAGAGGACCUCUCGGCGGACGUGCCGGACACGGCGUCGGACGAUUCUGCACACAUCCUGACGAGCGACGAGGAUCCGUGCGACGCGCUGAUAUCCAUGCUCAUCCCGCAGAUCCGCGAGCGCGCGGUGCCGUCCGCCACGUUCACGUGGCAGGCAAACAUCACGUGCACCGCCCUACCCAAAGAGGCUGGUUUCGAAUACUAUAUCCCGUUCAAAGUAGACCUGGAAGACGUGCAGUCUGACGCGGACGACGAGAGGGAGUCAGGCCCUGGGGUCGACGCGGUCGGGGGCGUCGCGACGGCCGUCGCUGCGCCUGCUGCCGCCGUGAAUGUGCUGCCAUUCCAGCCCGGCAAGCUCGCGGCGCUGCCGGCGUCGGUGUCGGCGAACACGGUGCACUCGGACGACACAGUGAUGCAAUGCGCGGCGGAGGACGAGGUCGGCUCUGCGGAGACGCUGGAGGAGCGCGGCAACCCCUACUGGGUCAACGAGAACAUGGCAGUCGUGUGCAUUAGCUCUUCGUCUGAGGACGAGGCUGCAGGGACGGCCCGAAGCUUCCUCCCAGCGCCCCCUCCUCCCGUCGACCUGUGCGUGGAGAUCGACGUUUCAAGCAGCGAAGAGGGCGACGACGAGCUCUACGACCGCAAGGUGAAGCUGUCGGUGGACGUGGAGCGCGAGGACGGGUCCCAGCCGCUCUGCACUGAGUGCGCACGCGUGCAGCCGACGCUGAUGCGGGCCGACGGGACGCAUCUGUGCGUGGCGUGCGCGCCGUGGUGGCUGCGGUCGACGGCCGCUGAGACGGCGCAGAGCUGCUGUGUCUGCCGGCACGCACGCGUGUCGCCCAGCUGGAUCAAGCAACCUGUCGGGAGCGGCCUUGUGUGCAUGCACUGCGCUUGCAUGACGUCGGCGCUCCUGCGGCGCCGCGAGUGUGCGUGCGGCGCCACGUCCGACGCGGCCGAGGACGGGCGCGCGCACGUGGCGCUGACGGACGACGGGGAGGCCGGGCAGUGGGUGUGCGACAGCUGCGUGGACGCGGUCCCGCGGCCGCCGGGGCCGGGGUGCCUGGAGUGCGGGCGCACGAGCAGCAAGGGCUGGGUGCCGGAUCCGCUGCGGGUGCUGCGAGGCCAGCCGUGGGGCCCGGAUCGCCUCUGCAUGGAGUGCCUGCCUGAGGCGGUGCAGAGCGCAGUCUGCUGCUACCGCACAUUGCUGCGUCAGAGACUGCCUGAUGCGAAGAAGCCAAUGUCCAUCGCGCUCAUGGGCCGAUACCGCUUCUAUGCGGCGAAGGGCAAGGAAGCGGCCGCCCAGCUGGCCCGGAGGGGGCGCAGGAAGGUGCAGGGCAGGAUCUCACAGAAGCUUUCAGAGAUGUGGAACAAGCUGAGCGAGUCUGAGCGGCAGGAGUGGAUCGCGCGGGCAAGGAAGGAUCGGGAGAGGCAGGUGGCGCUGCGCGAGUCGUCUCCCGGGUCCGGUUCCGGCAGCCACGGCAGUGGUCCGUCGGAUGUCGCGCAGGGCGCAGCGAAGAAGCUGCCGUUCGAUCACGCUGGUGACGCGGCGGUCGCUUGCCCUGGGUGCGGCGAACGCGCGGCGUCCACGCUGGCUACGCGCACGAAGCACUUGAAGCCGCUGUGCGAGGCGUGCGUGCGCGCGUGGGUGGAGAUCGUGUGCGGGGGUCUGGUGUGCUCUCAGUGCAGCGCCCGGGUCGACUGGGACAAGGUGAACAAGGAGGCGAUCAACCCAGGCGAUGGUCGCGUCGUCUGCAUUGGCUGCGCGCCGGGCACCGGGCGCGCGAAGCGGCAGUGCCGCCUGCAGCAGCCAUCUUGGAUGAAACUGCUCCAUCCGCAGCAGCAACCGGCGGCGUGGCAGCGCGCGCGCACGGAGGAUGCAGGGGACGGCCUUCCGGGAUGCACUUGUAGCGAGGUCCGCGCAGAGGACAUCGGCGCCGGCAAGGCUGGGAAGGCGUUCAUGCGAUGGAAAAAGAGGAACCCCAACACAUGGUUGGCGCAACACGCCGACUGCCUGUGGGAGGCGAUGCUGUUGACGGACUGCAUGCCGCCGACGCGCCUUCAGGUCGAGCGCGUCCCGGGCAAGGGAUGGGGCGUCGUUGCGCGCGAAGAUAUCCCAAGAGACAGCUUCGUAAUGGACUUUGGCGCUGUAGUGAUGCCGGAGGGCCGGGAUCACAAGCACGAGGCGCGCGUGUCGCACCGGCGGAACAUACACGAGAACAAAUUCGAGAUCUGGUCGAGCGACGUGUCGCAGAAACUCCUCCUGGUGCCCACGCGGUAUGGCAACGCAGCGCGCUUGAUGAACCACGCCUGCGCAGACGGGACGAUCGACUCCGCGACCCAGAAGCCGUGCCCGCGCGCGGUCAAGAAGCUGAAGCGGCUCGCGGAGGAGCUGGGCAUCGACGGCGAGAACAAGCGCGCCGAUCCUAACAAGAUCCCGGAGGGGGGUAUUGUUCCGCCUUAUACCUACCUGAGCGCGGCGGACCACAUCGACGACCUGCGCCCGAUCGGGACGGGCAGCGUGGUUCCAGACCUUGACAAGCUCCGGGAGGACGGACGCGCCCCGGGGUGCCGCGCGGCGCUCCGGAAAAUUAACCAAGAAGACAAGGUAGUGUUCUUCACGGUGAGGGACGUGCCCGAGGGGGCGGAGCUGGUGUACGACUACAAAAUGACCAUCAACGGGCAGUCGCAGCACGACGUGGGGAAGAAGCGCUGCAAGUGCGGCACAGCGGGGUGCCGGCAGCGGAUAAUGUGA